CAAGCUUGGGGACGACAUUGCCGACCGCCGAACCUCCUCGGCACCUACACCACCGUCACUUCCCACCGCUGCUGGGCAUUUCGUCAUACCUCCGCCGAAUGGCAUUCGGCCCAGUCGCAGAUCAUGGCUCCCGGCGGCGCUGACCGCAAACCAGAAAAGUCCUAUUUGUCGUCCGCUGUCGAUUCGAUCAACCCUUGGGCCGUCAGCCGAAGUCCAACACCGACGCCCAAGGAGCCUCCUCCACAGCCCGUGCCCGUUCCGACCUCUCGCCCUGGCGAUCACAGCAUCACCCACUUAUACGGCCAGAGCAUCAAGACCUACCCCUCCGACUGUCCUCCUCUGAACGUCCUCUGGUACCACGCAACUGAUGUCCCCAAACGCAAACCCCAGUUCCUCCGAGACAAAGCGAAGCCUGCCGAAGAUGCCAAGCCCCCGGUCCAGCCAAAGAAGUUCCUGCCCUUUUCGAAGCUAGAUUCUCGCGCAAUCGAAACGACAUACCAACGCUUAUUGGAGGAUUCUGAGAAGCGGAGAAGCGAACGAUCGCUGCGUAGCGUUUCGUCGGGCUCCCAACGCGGUCGCCAGACAAUUGACGAAGAGGGCACGCAUAGCAGCUUGGAGACCAGUCCCGAGGGCACCCAGACUCCCAAAACCCGCGUUCCCGUGAACGAGGACUACCUUUUCGACGUCGACAUCGAAAACCGGGAGCUGGGCCCGGUCUACUGGCUGGGCCCUGUGUAUGAAGUACGUCGCGGUACUUGGUUCUACGACGAGGGGUCGUCGUUACGGCCAUGUGAGGAGAACUUGGCUUCACAGCUGGAGGAGGGCUACCUCAAGGUCAAGCCCUGGACCUAUCCCAAGUCGCGAGUUCGCAACGACCCGAAGAACAAGGACGCCAAGAUCAAGGAUGUGACGCCAAAAGCGUCCGUCGAAAAUCUCAAGGCUGCUGCAGCUACAACUCCGACGAGCGACGGGAGCUUGAAGUCUCCGGCACCGCAGAACCAACACCAGCCAUCUUCUCAUCGCUUAUUUGGCGCUUGGAUGAACAAUAUUGCGACAUAUCAAGAUGCAGGGACCGCGUGGCUCACCUCAGACAGCGUGUUAUCAUGGGUGACGUCUACCAUGUACGAGAGAUUCUCGGGCGGUGGUUACAUGAGCGGUGUCAAGCUGGUGAGAGGUUAUUCAGACGUGGCAAAGAACAAGAAACAACAAAAGCAGCCGGCCACGCCAUCCGAUGCUACUGCUACCCCGCAGCUAGAUGAGAAGCAGCAAAGAUUACUCAAGAGAAGGUCUGCGCCACCAUCUUCGACGCCGUCGCAGUCGACCGACGACAUUUCCCUUAUAGAAGAGGACGAUGACAGGGAAAACUCUCUUCAGAGACAAAUCUCUUCUCUCAUGGAGGGAGCCGAGCGUAAUCAGGAGGAACAGGAGGAGGAGAUCCGGAAACGAGAGGAGAAGGAAAUCGAAAACGACUACAACGGCCAGCUUGGCGAAACCCAAGGGCGAGAAAUUGAACAUUUGGUACUAGUAACUCACGGGAUCGGUCAGCUCCUGGGCAUUCGCAUGGAGAGCGUGAAUUUUGUUCACGAUGUCAACAUUUUGCGAAAGAACAUCAAAUCGGUGUAUUCCAGCUCUGCUGAUUUGAGAGCACUAAACUCGGAACUGGAAGAUGGUCCUCGAAACUGCCGCGUACAGGUUUUGCCUGUAUGCUGGAGACACCUGCUUGAUUUUCCCAAGAGGCGUGAGAAGAAAAAGGAGCAAGACAUUAGUGACGGUGCCCAAGACGAGGACGAAUACCCUUCCCUGGAGGAUAUCACCAUCGAAGGCGUGGCGUUCGCCAGGUCUUUGAUCUCCGACCUUGCACUGGACGUUUUGUUAUACCAGAGUGCCUACCGAGAACAGAUUUCGGAGAUUGUGCUAAAGGAGUCGAAUCGUAUCUUCAAGCUGUUCCUUGAGCGGAACCCAGAGUUCAAGGGCAAGGUCCACGUUGUUGGCCAUUCCCUCGGUUCGGCCAUCAUGUUUGACAUCUUGUGUCGGCAGAAGGAGAAUCAAAAGACAUUAGAAACCCCAAGAAAUCCCCUGCGGUUCUGGCCGGCGCAUGAAAAGGCGGAGAGCCAUCGGGAUCGCGAAGCCAACGAAUUGCGAUUUGAGUUCGACGUGGAAGAUUUCUACUGUCUUGGGUCUCCGGUAGGGUUAUUCCAGAUGCUCAAGGGACGAACAAUCUCGGCUCGCCAUUUACCCAAUGCCCGGCCGUCAGAAAGCCCCUUGAACCCGGAUUUGUUGGACGACCCAUUUCUCGCUGCGAACCCGGCUUCUCCUACAAACCGUGUCUCGGCAAUCACCGGUCUGCCAUAUUCAGUCUCGUCUCCAAAGGUUUCGCAGCUCUUCAACGUCUUCCACCCGUCUGAUCCAAUCAGUUACCGACUCGAACCGUUGAUUUCGCCCGCAAUGUCCACAUUGAAACCUCAAGUCUUACCAUACACCAAGAAGGGCAUCUUUGGCAACGUGGCGCAACAAGGCCUCUCGGGUAUUGGUAUGAAGGUUGGCCAGAGUGUCAGCGGGCUAUGGUCCAGCUUGAGCGCCGGCAUUGCAAGCAACAUUCUCAACCGCAGUCUGGGCCUCAGCAACGAAGAUGUGGCCAAGAUGAACUCGGCAAACUCACCACAGCAAGUUUCCGGAGCAGGCACGAAUAUUGCAGACAGCGGGGUGAUAUCGGAUGCGUCCAAGCUUGGAGAAAAGACGAAUGAACGAAAGAAGCAACUUGCAGAUUCCAAAUCCAUGAUUGGCCGCACCAGCAUCAGCGGCAACGAGAUGACGCUGAUUGAUGACGAGCUCGAGACGUUGUACUCCAAAUUCCAGGAGAAGCGUGUGGCACUGGCCAAGACGGACGACGACGGCGGCGCUGCAGACUGGCUUGAGGCAGAGCGUAAGGCGCAGAAGCUGCGGCGAGAGGAGAUGAAGGUUCGGGCCCUAAAUCGCAACGGGCGUGUCGAUUACAGCAUUCAAGAGAGCGUUCUCGACUUCAACCCCAUGAACACAAUUGCCUCGCACAUGAGUUACUGGUCUGACGAGGACGUCAGCCAUUUCAUCCUAUCACAACUUCUCUCCAAUAGAAGUCGGGCAAAACGGAAGUAG